UUCGCCAUGUCAGGUAGCGGUGGUUUUUACAAGUACCGCUGCAAGUAUUUCUGGACGUACAACUGCGACAACUGGGUGUACGCCAACGGCCACGCAUGUCAAAUGUGUCUUGUAAGUCACGUCCAUCUCCCCACCUUGUUUCCCCUUUUACCCCCACAUAUCUAGUGUCAAAACACUGACCCUCUCUUCCAUAGGCCCUGGGCCGUGAAGCGGCCGAAUUAUUCCCUGUGGCCUCCUCCUCGGCGGCAGCGGCGGGGACAACAAACCCUUGGCAUCCUCAUCCCCAGCAACACCUGAUGAAUGAGA